AGCCGGACCUGUUGGACGUGCCAGGUUGAAGUUGAGCUUCUCGGAUAAUUUUGUAUUAGCUUUGAUAGAUAAUUGAGAAAGACUUGAUUUAAUGAGUUUCGAUAAAUUGAUAUUGUUUUCGUAAUAGAACUCAAGUGCAAAAGCGUUUAUUUUACCACUGCUGUUGAGUGACAUUUGGAAUUAUUACUUUUUUGCUAGUAGUCGAAGUAUUCGAAGAUAUUUUUGCUUCACGAUUAAUUUGAACACGCCUAAAAGCGCGAUUGUGAUUGAAAUCAGUGUUGAGUGAAUACUGGAAAUCACGCAGUUAAUAUUUUGCUGGGAUUCGGUGUUAGCUCUUAUGUUUUAUCAGAUUACGUCCCAAGUGUGCUCUAAAUAAAGAAAAAGAGAAGAAAGAGAUAUAGGUCGGGGAAAUAAUUUUUAGCGAAUUGUGAUGCCUAUUCGUGUCGAUGAUGAAAUGUAAAAAUACUAAUCAAGUGUGAAUGACUGUCUCGUGCUGUGUAGAGACAGUUUCAAAUUUGCAAUUAUAUUAAUUGGAAUGAGCUAUCGCCGCACCUUUCCGGAUAUAUAGUGUCAGUUUCAAUAAGGAUUGGCGCCUCAUAUUGGUGAUAAACUGCUAAGCUGCUAAGAGUAUAAUUAGAAAGUAUAUUGUUCUAUUGAACAAGUGACAAACGUAAAGGGUUGAAGGUGAUUGGAUACAAAUUUAAACAGUACAGCAUAGUGAGACUGGAAUAUGGAAAUAGAUUGUAGUACAUGGAUUUACUAGUGAAAGCCGUCGUCUUCAUUAUUCUCUUUGAGACGAAAAGGGUAUUACUAGCUCAGGAUCUGCAUGAGCUACAAAUCAGUACUGUUCGAUAUGAUAGCAAUUCCGACUUACUCCAGCUUAACAUUUCAUGGGAGACGACAUUGGAGGAAAAUACCCUCUACCACGUGUCGGUUCAUCAUGUGGCCACUCCGAAUUGCUCCAUCGAGAAUACACCCUUCGCAAACAAACGAGACAUCAAAUGUGCACCGAUCGUCACAGAAACGGAGCAGACAUCAGUACUUCUGCCGCGGGAUCCACACGUUCUGCAUAAGCACGAGUGCGUUAUCUUGGCACUUUGUACGUACCAGGUAGUAGUUAAACCAUUAGACUACCUAAAAUCUCUCAAUGAAAUUUACCAGGUGCCCGAGUGCGUUGAACAGGUUUGCUCUUGCCACUACGAACGAAGUCUACCCAACAUCACUACUGAAGCAUAUAUUUCGGACAAUCAACUAGUGGUCAACUGGGCCGUAGGGGAUUUCGUCGAUUCCGAGUUGCCGGAAGAUGUCGAACUGGAUCACGUGCUAAUAACCGUCCGUCGUGGUCGAAAUGAGGAUUUGGUUUGGGGUGGAAUGGACAGUAGCAAAAAGUCAAUAGUGCUACCUGCAACGUCUACCGGAAGUUACUUUUUCAACGUAACGGAUUUUCCAGGAGAAAAAACAAUUUUUUUGGUUCACGCGCGUCUUUAUGAUAGUAGGCGUUGCUUUACGGAUGCCAUCCCAAACCGAGUUUUCCUGCCGAGCAAUGCAACAAAGAGUCCAAUCCGAGAUCCAACAGAUUGCAUCGAAGACGAUUGUCCCUGUCAGUAUGUUAACAAUUUUGCCAACUUUAGCGUGUUAUCGCAACUGACGGACCAAACUUUGGUAAUUAUGUGGAAUAUAAAUCAGUGGCCCGGACCAGCUGCAGCCAGCCAGAAUUUGGACGUUCGAAUCGUUAAAUUAGUGCUAUAUGGACCAAAAAUGCUCAACCUGAUGGAGCAGGAAGUUAAAUGGAACGAAUCACGUGCAUCAAUCGAUUUGGCUAUGUUUGAAACAUUCGGCACAACGAUAACGUUACGUUCAACCGCUGUGGAUGUGAACGGAUGCGAGAAGGAUGCUCCUCUAUUAAGUGUUGUUAUUCCGAAAACUAUAGUUUCACAGUAUUUAUUUCUGGUCCUGUCUGUGAUAUGUUUAGGAGCAGCAUUUAGUUGGAUUGGCUACAAAAUUCACUCUAGAAAGCGACGGUUAACCCAGAAUUGGCGCGAAGUAUAUGUAACUACGGGCAUUGAUCGCCAUCACCAACCAAUGCAAAUGGAGGAGAAUCGACUCUACACAGAUUUAGAAAUUUUGGAAGCUCGUGCCAGAGGUGACGCUGAUAUGCUGGAAGUGCCCCAUUCAUGUCUUCGUAUCGGAAGAGAAAUUGGCAAGGGUGCUUUUGGGCGGGUUUUUAUGGCCAGUGCAAGUAAACUGCCUGGUUGCAACGCAACGUUGAUAGUAGCUGUGAAGCAACUUAAGAAGUGCCCCACGGCAGAUGAGUUUGAUGAAUUUCUAGAUGAAAUAGCUAUGCUGAAACGGGUUGGACGCCAUCCCAAUAUUGUUACUCUACUCGGUUGUUGUACCAUCAAGGAACCGCUGACAAUGAUUAUGGAAUACAUUGGUUGUGGUGAUUUGUUGGAAUAUUUGAGAAAGAUUCGCUCAAAACAUUUAGCUAGAGUUGCCCGUCAGGAGGCUAUGAAUAUAUCAGAGACCCUCAGUUUACAACGUUCUACGUCGAACCAGUCCAGCAAUUCGGUUUUUGGACCAAUUACCAAGUACAUGGAUAUUUUUCAUGCAUCGAGUUCCAACUCGGAUACAUCAUACAUCACUCAACCAGAUACAAUUCUCAAGCCGUCGAUAACGGAAACAGUGUACACGACACUUAGUAGUAGCACUGAGGGUGGGAGCGAGAAAGUAAAAGACGAAUCAACUUCGAUUCAAUACGUUUUAGACCAUAACGAGUUGCAUGAUUUUGCCCGUCAAAUUGCUUGUGGAAUGCAGCACCUGGAGGAGAAACAGAUCACUCAUCGAGAUCUCGCUGCUAGGAAUAUACUAAUUGAUGAAAGGAAAACGUUGAAAAUAUCCGAUUUUGGAUUGUCCAGAAAUGGAAUAUACGUUAAUACCAGGAACAAAAAGGUUCCUUUGCGGUGGCUAUCUAUUGAAGCGAUGCGCGAUAAUUUGUACUCCAGCAAAAGUGACGUGUGGGCGUUUGGUAUCGUGCUGUGGGAAAUUGGAACUCUCGGUGGAUACCCAUACCCAACGGUCAGCAAUCACGAAUUGUUGGCCUUCCUGCAUAAUGGCAACCGGCUUGAACGGCCCGAGAUCUGCACCACCGAAUUGUAUCAAAUAAUGCUGCGUUGCUGGCAGGCCGAACCGGAAAACCGUCCAUCAUUCCAUCAAAUUAGCAAAUCAUUGCAGCCACAUCACAGAAUUUAUAUCGACUUCAACGAGAUUGAACCAACAUAUGUGUUCCCACCUACAUCCGAGCAAAUCCGACAAGCGCUAAUUAAUAAUAAGUAAGGUGAGCCAGUUAUGGCAAGUGCACCAGUUAAGGCUAUAUCGCAUAAGCGCAAUGGUACCAGUUAUGGCAAUACUCCAUUUAAACUCCAUAGGCCAUAACUGGUUCAUGCCAUAACUGGUACAUUUUUUAGGUAUUGCCAUAACUGGUACUCCUCCCCUAGGCCGAUUCGAAAUAAAUCAGAGUUUAUCUUGAAAUUGAUGAGCUUGGGUGACUUCGGUAGUUGUAUAUAUUGGUAGACUAAGUUCACUUUUGGACGACCGGAGACGGCGAAUUUGUACCUUGAGAUCAGAAGUAUUUAUAGCUGGUAAGUGUUUGACCUCCGACUUUUAUUUAAUCGUGAAACAAUUUCUGUGACUUAAAGUGCUUUAGGUGUACAACAAUUUGAAAAUAUUGUUGCAAAUAAAUCAAAAGCAUCUCA